CCCUGAAUACAAAGAUAAGAUUUUUUUCCUAAGGUCUUAUUUAUGCACUGACUCUUAUACGAAUGAUCAUUUUAUCUUGAAACACUGUGAAACACUGAUUCAAAAUGAAAUUUUGGUAUCUUGUCCUAUUCUCUUUGAUCCCAUUUAUAAGUGGCGGAAAAGUACCAGACCUAUUCAAGAGCGAGGAGAACCUAGUGGAUAAAGUAGUAACAGACGUCGAACAAGUUGGUGAAACCGUCGCCGACGCCGUCGUUAAUCCAGUAGUCAAAGUUGUUGAGGACGUCGACAAAGCAGUUCUUGGAGGAGACAACGGCGAACUGAACAAGGCAAUCUUCAAAGUGGAAAAUGGCGUCGUUCAAGGUCUUGCAGAAGUCGUAGGCGAACCUGUUAACUUAGAAGACGUCAAAUUCUAUCUGGCCACCUCGAAAAACCACAAGAAUCCAGACAAAGUGGACUACGAUGACCCUUCAGAUGUUGCAGAGACUUCAGGUCACAUCUUCUUCAUCAUCCAUGGAUGGACAGCACAUAUUACAGACUCGUGGGUUGUGGAUUUGACGGAGGUUCUUUUGAGGAAGUAUCCAACAGCUCAUGUUGUGCAGGUUGAUUGGUCGAGACCAGCAGGAGACGCUUAUCCUUUCUCAGCUUUCAACACAGAGAGCGUAGGUGAAAUCCUUGCAAGUUUGUCAAGAAAACUAGUCUCAGACCACAACGUACCAACAGAAAACAUAGUCCUCAUCGGCCAUUCCCUUGGAGGUCAGAUUGCUGGUUGGACAGGAAGGAAAUUCCACAAAUUCACAGGAGAUAAAUUGUCCAUGAUAGUAGGUCUUGACCCUGCAGGUCCGCUCUUCUGCCUGAGACCAGAAAAUCGACGCCUGAACAAGCACGACGCCGAAAGAGUGAUGGUGAUUCACACAGACGGAGGAGAAUUAGGAUUUUUGGACCCAUGUGGAACCGUCGAUUUUUUCCCUAACGGAGGUUCUGAUCAACCAGGAUGCGCUAAAAUAAAUGUUAUAGAUCUUGCUAGUUAUUUGAAUCCAGUGUCCUGUGACCACAUAAGAUCCUACCACUACUUGAUCGAAGCUGUGAAUUCCUCUAAAGCUUUCCCCUCCAGAAAAUGCAAGACCUACUCCGAUUUCAUGUUGAACAUGAGUUGCGAAAGUGACCAAGCCUACAUGGGAUUUUUGCAUGAAACAUCUGAAGGUUCCUUCUACCUAAAAACAGCCCCAAAAAGAAGAUUUUCGUUGCCAUUAAUACUUCAUGAAAUCACUUCUGGCGAUACUAAAGGCAAACAAGAAACAGUGAUUACUUCGCAAAAGAACGAUAGUGUACCUCCACAGGGCGGUACUAUAGUGAUCGAAAUUCCCGAUAAGAAUGAUGCAAAACCUAGUGUACCGAGUGGUUCAGGAGAUACUGUAAUUAAAGUCGAUGAAGGAACCACAGCCAAAACGAUAGUUAUCGAUGUUCCUGAUAAAAAGCCUAAGACAGAAGAAGGAAGUAUCACUAUAAAAGUUGAGGGAGGUAAUACAGAGACAACAACAAAAUCAGACGAUUGAUGAUAUUUGUCUGCUUCUGAAGGUGGACAUUGAAAUAAAACUAUUUGUUUUUUUUGUAAUUAUAUAAAGUGAAUAUAUUAUUGAGCGAUUUGAAAUAUGUGCAAUGAUCAAAAUAAAAUUUUUAAGAACCAA